AUGGUGCGUGUGAUGAGGAAGCUCAAGAGACUUCGUUCCGAUCUUCGGACUUGGAAUAAAAAUGUUUUUGGUAACUUUAAUGAGGGUCUUGCCUCUCUUUAUGCUGAUCUUGGGGCCCUUCAGGAAGACAUUGCGGUUUCGGGCUAUUCUGAGGAGAGUUUUGACAAUGAGAUUUCGAUCGAGGCCAAGCUUCCUUGGCUCGACAACAGAGUUGUGUCUCUUGGCUCAAUGACAGAGAUCGCAACACUCAUUUCUAUCAUAAUAUGGGAUAUCAUCCGUGAUGACGUUUCUAUGGCGAUCCGUAGAUUUUUUACUCAUGGGUAUCUUCCGAAGGGCCUUAAUUCGAGCCUGCUGAUCUUGAUCCAUAAGAAGCAAGAUGCUUCUAGGGUUUCAGACUAUCGGCCUAUUGUGGUUAGUAACUUCUUUUUUAAGAUUGUUACUAAAAUUUUGGCGUGUCGGCUUAAUAUUGUGGCUGCUGAUAUUGUUCAUCCGCACAAAUUUGGGUUUAUCUCCAGGGGAUCUAUUCACGAGUGCAUUCGGCUUGCCUCUGAGGGGGUUAACUGCAUGGAACAUUAUCUCAAAGGACGUAACAUGGCCAUUAAAGUUGACAUUCUGAAAGCUUUUUAUACGAUUAGCUGGUCUUUUAUUUUGGAUAUCUUAUCUUGUUUUGGUUUUUCGACCUGCUUCUGUGAUUGGAUCAAAGUGAUUUUCGACUUUGCCCGUAUUUCUGUCGCUUUCAAUGGCUCUCUCCACAGGUAUUUUGCUUGCUCUAGAGGUGUCCGUCAGGGUGAUGCUUUAUCUCCUAUUUUAUUUGGCAUCGCGGAGGAGGUUCUUGGCCGGCUAUUUUCCUCUGAAGCGGACGAUGGUUUUCUCUCUCGGAUGUGGUUUUCCCGGACUCUGGACUUUCCCUCAUAUCUGCUCUAUGCGGAUGACGUGCUCAUUUUCUACCAAGCUUCUAAAGCCAAUGCUAUCAUGAUUGAGUCCAUCCUGGAGAUAUACGAUGGAGUUUCUGGGCAGCUUUGUAAUCGAGAGAAGUCUUCCAUCUUUUUUGGCAAGGGCGUUCCUGUUCAGCUUAGACGUCGCAUCCAAAGAGCUCUUGGCUUUCGCCCUGCCUCCCUUCCUUUUAUUUAUCUAGGGGUUCCUAUUUUCGCCGGUCGUGCCUCGGCUCAUCACCUCUCUGGCCUUAGAGAUCGUAUUCUCUCCACGUUCUCUCGUUGGAAAGGCAUGCAGCUUUCCAUGGCUGGCCGCAUUUGCCUGGUCUCCUCGGUGGUUCAUAGUUCUGCUAUUCACAGUAUGAUGGUCUAUCAUUGGCCGGCUCGUCUUCUUCGAGAGCUUGACACGACUUGUCGGAAUUUCAUUUGGACUGGGAGUAUUAGGUCUGUUCCUCAUAAUUCUGUGGCUUGGGACAAAGGUAUCUGGCACUUCACGUUGGAUUUUAUCGAGGCUCAUCCUCACAUUGUCUUUGAUAUCAUCUCCACUCCCUUUUCUGGCUUGCAUGAUUCUCGUGCCUGGGUUCAUGAGGAUUUCGGCCAGCUCACGGCUAAGGCGGCCCGUAGAUUUCUCACUCCCACUUUACUGGAGGUGAAUUGGGGUUCCUGGUUUGGCGUCGUAUCAAAGACUGGUUUCAUUGGGACUGGGGUUACUGACUCUGGAAGCCUCGUUUUGUCAGCCAUUGAUCACGAGGGAAGCCCUCAGUUAAAAGGUCUUUGGAAAGUCGCUUUCAUCUCUGCAAUUUGGGGGCUCUGGCAUAUGCGUAAUCGCACGAUUUUUGACGAUAUUAGUCCAACGGUGGUCGGCAUUGUCAAGAUGAUCAAGAUCUUCAUUCGGGAGUCGGUUGACUCUUUUCAGUUCGGUCUAAUGGCCAAUACGGUUGCAGAUCUUCUUCUUCUGCAUGGUCUAGCUUUUGAGGCAGAGUUUUUUAGGUUGGUCGUGGCUCUUGAAAGAGCUUUGUUUUUUGGCUGGUCACAUAUCUGGAUUGAAACUGAUUCCACUUUCAUUGUUGAGCUUGUUAAUAGCAGGGCUCAUAAAGUCCUUGGAAGUUUAAAGCUCGUUGGCUACGCUUGA